GCUCGUGCCGCAAGUUAACGCGAGACGUUUCUGGGAAUUGUUUUGGUUGACAAAUGCUGCAUUUCUUAACAGAAGCAUGGCCAUCCCUAUAGCCAUCUUGGACUGUGAUCUUCUCUUACAUGGUCGAGGCCACAAAACUCUGGACCGCUUCGAUCUGGACUCCGUCUCAGACAACACCCUCCUCACACAGUUUGGUUUCCCCAGAGACUUUAUCUUGUAUCUGGUGGAACUACUCAGAGAGGCUCUCUGCAGACGAACCCAGCGGUCCAGAGCCAUCAGUCCUGAGGUCCAGGUGUUGGCUGCGUUGGGCUUCUACACAUCUGGCUCCUUCCAGACGUCCAUGGGGGAUACGAUAGGGAUCAGUCAGGCAUCAAUGUCCAGAUGUGUGUCCAAUGUGACCAGAGUGCUGGUGGAGAAAGCGCCCCAGUUCAUUACCUUCAACAGAGAUCCCUCCAGCAGAGAGCAGUCGUUCCAGGAAUUUCAGAGGGUGGCGGGAUUUCCAGGAGUUCUCGGGGUGCUGGACUGUGUUCAGGUUGCCAUCAAAGCGCCAAACAGCGAAGAUUCAUCGUAUGUAAAUAAAAAGGGCUUCCACUCUGUGGCCUGUCAGUUGGUUUGUGAUGCUCGAGGAUUGUUACUCAGCGCGGAGACACACUGGCCAGGCGGACUCCAAGACACCGUUGUUCUAGAAAGAUCGGCUCUGUACAAACAGCUGCAGGACACGGAGGAGGGCUGGCUGCUGGGUGACGGUCGCUACCCUUUAAGGAAGUGGUUGAUGACCCCGGUCGACUGCCCAGAAUCCCCUGCGAAAUUUCGAUACAAUCUCGCCCAUACAGCUACUCAUGAGAUAGUGGAUAGAACCUUCAGAGCCAUCCAGACCCGAUUCAGAUGUUUAGACGGCACCAAAGGAUACCUGCAGUAUUCUCCAGAGAGGAGUUCGGCCAUCCUGCUGGCCUGCUGCGUCCUCCACAACGCCUCGCUGCAGUCCGGAUUGGACGCCUGGACUCUGGAGAGGACAGAGCCUCUGGAGCAGCCCAGCAGCCUCAAACAGAGACCAGAGGACCGCGACAGCCAGGCAGAGGACCUCCGAAAACAGCUCAUACUCAAACAUUUCAGCUAAGGUUACAUCAGCGCCAAAGGAAGCGGGACUUUUCAAGAGUGGGACCAGCACAAAUCAAUUCAUAAACAAGGAAGCAAGCAGACACCGUGUUGCUGAUGCAGUUUUUUAAUAUUUUGCUGGUUUCUACUCUACCGACUAUACUAAGAUAACAUAGUUGUAUAUGGAGGAACAUGCAGGACGCUAUACAACAAACCAAGAUGACAUGUCCAAACACAUUUCAAAUAACUCAACUCCCUGGAAAGUGCUUGACUAUUCUCUCAGGACAUUCAGUUUUUCCAAAUCUUUAUGGAGAGGUUGGAAUAAACAAGCACCUUCCGGGUGUUUUACAACUA